AUGCUUCUACGUGUUCGUCUCACUCUUGCACUCCCAGACACAGUGAGAAAGUAUCCUAUCAUAGAGCUGAUCCGGUCGUUUGGUAGCUGGUUGACGCCGAUGGACGUAGGAUCAGGGAGCCGCGGGUUUUCAGACGCAGAAGGCGACGAUUCAAAGGGCGGGAGUCUGCAUUUCGUAGCAGUUCAAUUUCCAAACGGGCCUUGCGACAAAGCCGCGAGGCGUCGUGCAAAGUCACAUGCGGUCCGGCAAGCCAUCGAAAAGAAGCGGAAGCUGCAGCAGGAACUGCGAACGAAUUUCUGUGCGAUGAUGCAUGAAGACACAACUGGCUUCUCAAAGAAGAAAGCAUCCACUCUCCAGAUGCUGCCUCCGUCACUGUAUCCCUUAUUCCUUGGCGUUCUAGAUCCCUUUCAGAUGCUUCCUGUUGACACGCGCCGGUUGCAAGAACUGCUAGUAAACCAUAGGGCAAGACACGCUCCAGAGCCUGUUUUCAGCGUCAAGGAAGAGCUCGCGUUUCAAAGGUUUAGCUCCGUAUUCCCGGCGGGAUCGGCUGAUCCUGCUUUGCUAAAUGCUGUAAUGCUUUCUCUUGCCGUUGCCGAGACGGAAGGGUCCAUUGAUCGGGAAUGUCUAAACUAUCAAGGGAAAACGCUCGCCUGCAUCCGUGAAAAUAUCACGUCUCCAGAGCAAGCUACGUCCGAGGCGACGAUUGGGGCCAUCUUGCUCCUGGCUGGAGUAGAGGCUCGCCUCGGGAGGGUCUCCCAGGUUCAACUUCAUAUGAAUGCCGUCAAGCAGGUCCUCGACUUGAGCAGAUCUCGACGAAUUCAUCUCACCGCCGGCAUAAAGCGUGCCAUAUUCUGGCAAGACCUGAACUCGUCUGUCAUCGCGGGCUCUACGCGUAUUGUGUCGCACACCACAUUUGCCGAGUUGCACUGGAGCCGCGACCCUUUCUCACCUACAUUCUUCCAACUUCCUCCGGGAUUUGGAAAACGAUCCUACAUGUUUUCUGAACCGUUCAUCGAGGUGAUCGAGGACAUCCACGGACUGCAGUGCAUUCGCGACGUGGCCCGGUUUACUCAGUGUGACGUAACUCAAAUGGCGUUUCUAAACAACCACAUUGCAUCGAUACACUCGCGGCUUAUGAUGCUGUCGGGGCUGGGCCAGGUCACGGAGUGCUGUCGGCUUGCAGCAUAUCUGUGCUCUGCCAUGUUGUGUUGCACAGUUUGGUGUGCUUUGGUGAUUCCUCCUCACAUUUCUAGACAACUUCUUUAUCAACUUCGAGAGUCACGCUCCAAUCCUUUGUGGGACGAGCACAAGGAUCUCCUAGUCUGGUUGCUGUAUACUGGUGGGGCGCUCUCUCCAGAAGACGUUGCUCGUUCGGAAUACGUCGAGCUGCUGCGGGAAAACAACGUAUCUAGGUUUGGUGGCCAAUUCGAAUCUUGGCCAGAGCUGCUUCAAACUCUCGAGCAAUUUAUAUGGCCAAAAGAAGCAUUCACUUCGCGGGUGCGGGAGCUGUGGACGGCUGUAUAUGCAUAGCUUCCUGUUUCCUUCGUCCUGAGCCCACACGACUGCGUCGUCCACGUAUUUGGAGUUCAUGACAUUCGAUUCGCCUACGUGUAAUAUAGAAUCAUGCAUUGUAAAGACUUCGCUGAAAGGCUUGUCGCAACGAGACGGCAUGAGCAUCGUCAGUCGUAGGCACUGCCAAGUAAUCUUACUCCAAUGACAG